CUUGAAUGCGCCUUGAUGCAGUGGCUAUUGAGUGGUGACUCUCUCAUUUACGAUCGGGUUCUGGUUACGUCUACGUGAUUUCGAUUUUCGACUCUUGGGUUACCCAAAAAACUUCUAAUUUAUUUUUCAAUUAAAUUAAAACUGUUCAGUUACUAUUAAUUAAUCAUGCCACCAAAAUUCGAUCCUAGCGAAGUCAAAGAAGUGUACAUGAGAUGUGUAGGAGGAGAAGUUGGUGCUACAUCUUCUCUUGCUCCGAAAAUUGGUCCAUUGGGUUUGUCUCCCAAGAAAGUCGGUGAUGAUAUUGCCAAGGCUACAUCUGACUGGAAAGGUCUAAAAAUCACUGUUAAAUUAACCAUCCAAAACAGAGUGGCUACAAUAUCUGUUGUCCCUUCUGCAUCAUCAUUGGUGAUCAAAGCUCUUAAAGAACCACCUCGUGAUAGGAAGAAGGUUAAAAAUGUUAAACACAAUGGAAAUGUAACUUUGGAUGAAAUUAUUAACAUUAGUAGAACAAUGAGACCAAGAUCAAUGGCCAGAACUUUGUCUGGAACCGUAAAAGAAAUUUUAGGAUCAGCUCAGAGUGUUGGUUGUACUGUUGAUGGUAAAAAUCCACAUGAUAUCAUUGAAGGAAUUGAUGAUGGUGCCGUGGUUAUUCCGGAAGAAUAAAAGUAAUUUUUGUUUGUGCAAUUGGUCAAAUAAAGUAUUUUUAUUCUUUCAACAUUAA